AUGAAAAUUCUUUACAUUCUGCAUUUAUUUUUUGCAAGCGUUUUGUCAAUGGGACAGCACGAAAUCCCGGAAGUUAGUGCGGUAACAAAUUAUUGCAUAUCCAGAGAUACCAAUGUUGCCAAUCCAACGGAAAGCGACGAACCUGAUGGGAGAAAGCCGAGCACACCUACGGAUAACACAGAAAAUAAGAAGCCGUCACCUUUUUUAUGUUUUUUUCAGAAGAGAACAAAUAGUAUUCGAAGAAGAAAAAUCUCUUAUUCAUCACAAACAAGCCAAUCUAGUGUACAUUCUCGGAGUUCAACAUCUUCUGACCCUGCUACGCUAACAGAAGAAACUUCGUCUCAGACCGCAGAAGAUUUGUCACCGCAAACAAUCACAAGCGUUCAAAACCCAGGAUAUGGUAUUGAUUCUGCACCAAGUCCAACUAAAUGCGCAAUUCCUGAUAAUCAUUUUGGGUAUGAACCACCAAGAUGUAAUCGAGUUUUACCUGAUAUUCCAUGCACUUCGGAUGCGAAUGGCAGAUCGGCUUCACAACUACCCAUGGAAAAUCAGACCAGCGCACCCGCCGAAACCUUCUAUGCUAACUCCUCAAAUCCUCAAGAAAAUGAUGUUUUCCGUUCUAUUUUCUGUUUUGACGUUAAACCAAGCUCGUUCAUCCGCGAAAAUUCACGUCUAGAGGCUUCAAGUGCCAAAAAAAACGAUCUUAGUCUAUAUUGUGAGAACGAUGAAAACAAUUACGUAGAAAUGAAUCCACCAAAUACUGAUCCAAUAAUGGCGGGUCAACAACUAUUGAUCAACGAAUAUCGUGAAACGAUUCCGCUUCCAACACAGCAGACGCUGAAUAAAAUAUUUGAUAUGGUUACAUCCUGGAAGCCUAAGUGCAUUUUUUUCUUUGGGAAGCUGUACCUUGUACCGAAAUUCACUAGUUGGAGAUAUAGCCAAUCGCAACUACUAAAAGAAAUAGAAAAAGUGAUACAAACACUUAACCUAUGCGCUAAAGUAAACACUGCACAAUCACCUAAUAAUGAAAAGUAUAAAUGGGGGCAUAUAGAUAGACUGCUAACCAAAAUACUCAAAAGUAUUGAAGAAUUGAUCGCGAUGAAUCAAAAACUUGAGUCGCUGUUUUCCCACAUCAAUGAGCAUUACGCUAAUCACAUACAAUAUUUAAUUAAAAAUGUUUCGGGUUCACAACCCAAAACAUGUGUCAAUAGCGAAAACACUAUAAAUUCAUCAAGAAUAAACCUACAUAGCUUGGUUAAAGACUUGGCAGGCCUUAUAAAACACGAACAAGAUCAUAUUAAUGUUUCAGGUGUUUUCAAAUCUGAUGCUGAGUUGAACAAAUUUACUGAGGCGUUGGUGGAAGAGACGGUUGAAAUUUGCCAACGUUCGAAAGAAAUUAUGGAUUGCAGUAAAAACUCGACAAUUUGUGACUUGGAGGCCUACAGGAGCAUUUUACUCCAGUUGUAUCAGCCUCUUACAGAAGUUCUACCAUGUUGUGUUGAUAUUGUAACUCAUGUUCGGUUUAUAGCACAACAGUUUACUUGUUUGAAUCAACAACUAAUGUGUUUGGGUAUAGAGACCAAAAGCAGUAGCUUGGGUAAUUGA